CGUCGAGUUUGCAAACUGUUGGUUACUCUCUCUCUCUCUCUCUCUGUCUCUUUCCUUCUCAAAACCCAGGAAUUUACACACGAACUUCUCCACUCCACGCUCUUUUAAUCGCAUUUCUUACACUACUCAAUUCUCACUCUUCUCUCAACAAUCCAUUCUUAAUUCUUUACCUCAAAAUUUUUUAGUCGCUUUCUUUGGAAAUUCUGAACUCUGUAUCAAUUUCUCUUUUGUGGUUUCAUUUCAUCAGAGUUUCUUGAUUGUUUUCCUGAUAAAUCAAAUCUCUGCUUCAAAAUUCCAUCUGGGUUUUUCUGUCUCAGUUUGCUUCUGGGUUUCAUCUUUCCGUUCUGCAAAAUCCAAUUCUGCUCCAGAUGAAGGUUCACCCACUGCCCAGACAAACCAACAUCGCUCUGCGUUACAACCUCGUCUCGCUGCUAGCUCAGGCAAACAGCUGCCGGGGAAAGAAACUGCGGCGUUUGCCCCACAUCUUUGCGAAGGUUCUAGAGCUGCCCUUUCACUCCGAUGCCGACGUGUCAAUCGACGAGACUUCCGACUGCCUCAGAUUCACCGCCGCUACCGAUGACAUCAGCGGUGAGGUCUGGGCCGAUACGGUCGAGAUUUACCCUGGGGUUACCAAGGUGGUUGUACGGGGAACCGGCGUGGUUGACUUGUCGGGAACUGAUUUAGAGCUCGAUUUGUGGCGGUUUAGGCUUCCGGCAAUCAUGCUGCCGGAGCUGGCCUCCGCUACAUACGAAGACGGCGAGCUGGUGGUGACGGUGCCCAAGGGGGCGGAGGAAGUGGAUGGUGGGGCCGAGGAGGAUGACAUGGGUGAUAUUGGAGGACGGAGGCUUGUUCUCGUGCUGUAAAGGAUUAAAUCUUUAAUUUUGGUCCACCAACUAUAGCUAAAUUUCGUUUUAGUCCUUUAAGUUUUUAGAAUUCUAAAAAGGUCCUUUAAUUUCUGAAAUUGUUCAAUUUUGGAAUACUAAAAACUGAAUUUUGUCCAAAGUCGAUGGAAACUGAUACCUGAAUCUGAUGUGGCGUUUCAAAAUUCAGCGACUUUGGAUAAAAUUCGUGACUAAUGUCCCAAAUUUGAACAAUUUAAAAAAUUAGAGAACUUUUUUAGAAUAUUAGAAAGUUAAAGGACUAAAUGAGAUUUUGACUAUAACUAAUGGAUGAAAAUUGCUACUGUAAAACUGGAAAUUACUGUUUACCUUUUCCAUGCUUCUCUUCACGUUUCAGAAAUUACUCUGCUUAUGUAUACGAAGAAGUUUACGCUUUUAUAAUUAAGUGGAAAAUAUUUCCUCAAAAAACACGAAA